GCCGGUUCCAAAAUCUUCUAUAUAAACCAUGAUCCGUGAUGCCAAAAAUAUCCCACCAUUAUCUUGCCAAUACGAUGAAAGCCACUUUUGUACUUUUCCUCGUCGCCCUUCUCUUUUACACCUGCCAAGCCACCUACUCGUGCCACUGCAGCUCCAAGACCAGCGUUUCUAUGAGCAGCAACGCUCUUACGAAGAAGGCAUACAAUCAUGUUCAUUUCAAGGUGGUCAACUGUCCCGGCGAUAAGUGGAGAGAGAGAAAUCCUUUGUUCAACAACAUCUCAACCUAUGAUACCGAUGGCAAGCCCUGUCGUGACGCAUUCAUCAAGGCUUGCAAAUCUUUUGGAGCCAAGACUGGAUGGUGCGCAAACCUUUAGAUUAUUCCUAGGCAUAGAUCAAACAUGUCCAAAUGUAUUUUACAAUUUUGCUUGUAACAAUAUCUAGUUGGGGCAAAUUUUAAUAAAGAUGUGUAUUUCA